AUGAACUUUGAACCUACCGAUUAUUUACAAAACUUGAAUCUAGAAUUCGAUUCGCAAUUUGUUUCCCCAAAUAUCAACCAACAACAAUUGGACCAUGAUUUAGAUUUGUUCUCCCUGGCAAACCAUUUCUUCUCACUUGAUGUAUUGGGAAAUGACAAUAUCGUCCCAGUCAAGUCAGAAGUUACUGAUCCGGUCUUGUUGCCACAUCAACCUCAACAACAACAAACUCAACAACAACAACAACAACAACCAAUACUGUCACAACAACCAGACUAUUCCUUCUUAAACUUCGACAUUAAUACCCAAGCUAGAAUUUCUUCUGACGUCGACCAUGAGUUCAAGAAACCACAAAAGAGAUCUAUCUCGGAAGUCAACACUCCAAUGUCUACCUUCUCUGAUGAAUCAGCCACCGGUGCUGCCUCUGAAGACAAGAGAAAGAGAAACACCGCUGCUUCCGCCAGAUUUAGAAUCAAGAAGAAGUUGAAGGAACAAGAGAUGGAAAAGAGAUCCAAGGAAUUGGAAGAGAAGGUUGUCAUGUUGGAAAAGAAGUUGAAGCAAUUGGAAAUGGAAAACAAGUGCCUCAAGAAUAUGAUUUUGCAACAAAACGAACAAAAGAACGAAGACUUGUUGAAGAGCAUAAAAGAGAGAAGUAUAUUGGAUUCCAAAUCUAUAUUUCAAUACACCAAAUGA